CCCGCGUGAAGGCCCUGGUAGCGAGCGCGGGCUGUUGUGACAGCCUCACCCAGAACUCACGCCCGGCGCAUUUCGUCGCAGGCCGGACGAACCUCACGACUCACUCUCGCAUGCCCAGGUGUGCUUCAACGGGUCAUAGAGCGCUCUUCGCCAGACAAAAUCGAAUUCGAGGCGUCCGCCACGCCGUGUUGGCUAACCGUUUCUGUGGAGACAGAAAUAGUUCGAGGGGCGCGCAUCCUUUCGCUGGGGCGGCGCUGCUAUUCGCUCUCAGCCGGACUCAGUCGUCCAGGGGCUCUCCUGCUGCUCCCACACCCCAUCAUCCACGGUUGGUUUCCGUCGCAACCUGCGACUGCGCCUGUUUUCUCAGUCCCUCGUUUGACCCGGCGAUCCACUCGUUACUGCCGCCGAUAGCUUAUGCAUUCUGCCGUCACAUUCGCUGAAACCACCCUUCGAGAGCCGCAACUGCCUGUACAAACAUUGCCAGCAGUGCUGUCCCAAGGCCGGACAUCUGCGGCCCCCUCAAGCACGACAAGGCUUGCGCUCUGGAGACCCGCC